GAGAGAGAGAGAGAGGGGAGAGACGGUGAGAAUAUAUAUAUAUAUAUGGAACCAAUCUGCUCCUCUCUACAAUCUUUCUCUUCCUUCCAGGGCAAGCUUUCUUUUUCUUCAAUUUCGUAUCGUCCCGACUCGUAAGCGAUUAAUUCCAAGAUUAAGGUGCAAUAAUGGAUAAAGGAAAGGUUGGUAUUAAUAUUGUGUUUAUUGGUCAUGUCGACUCUGGGAAGUCAACCACUGCUGGUCAUUUGAUCUACAAGCUUGGAGGUAUUAAAAAGGAUGUCAUUGAGCGAUUUGAGAAAGAAGCCGCUGAGAUAAACAUGUGUUCAUUCAAAUAUGCUUGGGUGCUUGACAAGCUCAAGGCUGAGCGUGAAAGAGGUAUCACAAUCGACAUUUCUCUGUCCAAGUUUGAGACAACCAAGUACUACUGCACUCUCAUUGAUGCCCCCGGACACAGAGAUUUCAUUAAGAACAUGAUCACCGGAACAUCCCAAGCUGACUGUGCUGUUCUCGUAUAUGAUUCUACUACUAUUGGAUCUGACUCUGAAACUGCUAUUUCUAGGGUUCGUCAGAUCCAUGAACAUGCUGUCCUUGCUUUAACCCUUGGUGUGAAGCAAAUGAUCUGCUGCUACAACAAGAUGGAUGCCACUGCACCCAAAUACUCCAAGUAUAGGUAUGAAGAAUUUGUGAAAGGUUUUUCACACUUUUUGGAGAGGAUUGGCUAUAACCCUAAAAAAAUUACAUUUGUUCCCAUCUCUGGUUUUGAGGGAGAUAACUUGAUUGAGCGUUCUUCUAAUCUUGACUGGUACGAGGGUCCCACCCUUCUUGAAGCUCUUGACCAAAUCAACGAGCCUAAUAGGCCAUCAAACAAGCCUCUCCGAUUACCACUUCGGGAUGUCUACAAGAUUGGAGGAAUUGGAACUGUGCCUGUGGGAUGUGUUGAGACCGGUGUCUUGAAACCUGGAAUGAUGGUGACUUUUGCCCCGAUUGGGCUGCAAGCUGAAGUAAAGUCUGUGCAAAUGGACCAUACAAAUCUCACUGAGGCCCUUCCUGGUGACAAUGUGGGAUUUAAUGUUGAGAAUGUGUCUGCUGAGCAUCUCAAGCGAGGCUAUGUUGUCUCAAACUCCAAGCAUGACCCAGCCAAGGAGGCAGAUAACUUCAUCUCAUGUGUUAUCAUCAGGAAUCACCCUGGCCAGAUUGGAAAUGGCUAUACACCUGUUCUUCAUUGCCACACCUCCCACACUGCUGUCAAGUUUGAUAAGCUUCUAGCCAAGAUUGACAGGUGUUCUGGUAAGGUAAUUGAGAAUGAGCCCAAAUUCCUGAAGAAUGGUGAUGCUGGCAUUAUUAAGAUGAUUCCCACCAAGCCCAUGGUGGUAGAGACUUUUUCUAAUUAUCCUUCACUCGGCCGUUUUGCUGUCAGAGACAUACGUCGAACAGUGGCUGUUGGAGUCAUUAAGGCUGUGAAGAAGAAGGAUCCUGGUGCAGGAGGUAGUAUCACUAAAUCGGCAUUGCAGAAGUGAAUUGUGCAGGAUGAUCUAAAUUUAAAUAGAAAGUGCAUCGUCGUUAUUACAAUAAUAAUUAGUCUUUGGUCCUGAGUAUUUCUAUACCUUGUCUAGUAAACUUGUUUUGCAGGUUAAGUGUCAAGUCUGCACUGUCAUAUCAGUUUUUGUUCCUAGAACUCGGUUCUAGAUUGACUGUGGCAGGGCUAUUUCUUUUUCGUUUUAUGCUUUAAUUAUUGUGUCUAAUGUGAACACUUGGAUUUUGUUGACAUCAAGUUUCUGAACAUGCUGAGCCUGAUUUUGUUUUGAAUAUCAACUCUUUAUUUGUGUAUUUA